AUGAAGAUUGUAGAUUAUAUUGUUAUUUUUACAGAUCAAGCAUUAAAAGCAUAAUGGAAAAAAGAAAUAGCUAAUAACCACAAAGUUGAUCCUAUUUUAAUUGUUUAAGAUAAUAGUUAGUCUUUCAUUGAGAAUUGUAAUUUAUUAAAUAUUAUAAAGCCUAAACCUUAAUUGAAUAAGGAAAAUGGGAUGAUGCUAUAUAAUUAUGCGAUUAGGGAAUUAAAAAGUAUUAAAAUAAUAUGAACCUAUAUAAAAAUAAAGGUAAAUAAUUUUAUAAUUUUAGCAACUGCUUUACGAGAAAAAGGUUUAUUAAAACAAGCAAUUGAUAUUUGGGAUGAAGGAAUAUUGAAGAAUGAUUGGAAUAUGGAGUUUUACAAUGAAAAAGGUAAUNUUUUUCAUUAUAAAAUUAUAUUUUAUAUUGUUUAUCAUUUCUAUCUAAGUUAAAAUAAGUGUAAUUUAAUAACAAUUUUAGAUAUUUGCUGA